UCUGUACCAACGUUUUCAAAACUUUUACCGACGUUUAGAUUAUUUACCUUGAAGUGCACUUGGGAUUGUAUGUCGUGGGUUAAAUGUGUGAAAAAGUGUAAUGUCACAAUCCUAACAUGAAUCGUGCUUAGAAGACUAUUCCUAAAUCAUCCUCACGUGACUUAGGUAUUACAUCAACGCACCACUAACACAACAAAUUAUCCCACGCAGAGUGAGAGAACGGUAUACACGACUCAAGGGCCAAGUCCCGAAGACAGACACCCGUGUGGUCACGACAUCUCAACGGGUGACAAAUCAAGGUCAAUAUUCCGUUGACAGACGAACGCUGGGUACCAGUGGCGUGCGUCCACCAAUUACUGCUUGCGGUCUCCCAUGCCUUUAACAGGUGGGUUUAUUUUCCGCUGGUGAACACUGUCUUCGAGCUCCGCCGUCAGUCCUCCGCUCUCGUUCUCACACAGCUCAUAUACCCCUUCAGGCUGUCUAACCCUGGGAAUGCAUUGUACCACUGCACUGUAAGGCACGAAGACCUCCAUAGCCUGAUAUCGAAAAUUGUCAAGAAAAAACAUCCAAACAGUUUUCCGCGUGCCAUUCUGACUUCCUUAUCGGCUGUGAACUGUGACGUUGUUUCAUCAUUUUGUCAUGCAUGGUAACUUUUCAUUGUUUUCAAAUGGAUCUGACGCUGGAUUUGGUGGUAGGCGUUCUUCAGCACAGCGGUACAAGGAAGAACUGACUGAUGACUUUCGAAUUCAGCACUUCUCUUUCGAAGAGGAAGUUCUAAUGUUCAGUGGUGUGUAGGGCGAAGAUAUUCAAGCGCUUGGCUUCCGUGCAGCUAGCUUCAGAAGCGACCAUGACCCCGGAAAAUGACACCCUAGAAGUCACGGCUGUGUAUUUCGCAGCGGAGAUAUUCUUUUCUGUUGUGGCCCUGUUAGGCAACAGCUUAGUCCUGGUCGCCUAUGCACGCUCUACCCGGCUCCAGACGGUCACCAACUACUUCAUCGUCUCGUUGGCGAUAGCAGACCUCUUGGUCGGACUCCUGGGGGUCCCUUUCGCCCUUCUGACCGCCAAGGGUCUCCCUCAUAACUUCCACGCUUGUCUUAUCAUGCUGACUUUCUUGCUGUGGCUGUGUGCCACGUCAACCUUUAGCUUGAUCGGAGUGACCGUCGACCGGUACGUGGCCGUGGCCUACCCGCUCCAGUAUCACUCCAUCGUCACCAAAAGGCGGGCUCUCCUCACCAUCCUUGGCUCCUGGAUCCUUGCAGGCAUCGUGGGAUUUUUACCAGUGAUUGGAUGGAACCAGGGAGAGCCGGAGAAACCACAGUGCCUUUUCAUGCAAGUGAUAGACAUGAAAUACAUGGCUUUUAAUUGCCUGCUGGUAAUUGUCCUACCAUUCAGUGUGAUGCUGGUCCUUUACGGGUUCAUAUACAGAGCAAUAAGAACACAGCUCCGACGCAUCGGCCCAGCAGGUGGUAUGAGUUCUAACACGUCAAGUGUCAGCUGCGGUAUUGCCAUAGCCAACUCCAACAUCCGCAGGAAGCGUCGGUUCUCCGCCUAUAAGCGAGACGUGAAGGCGGUCAAAUCCGUGGGGGUCAUCAUCGUCAUUUUUGCCUUGUGCUGGUUCCCGCUCUCCAUCAUCAACUUGCGGACGGCCCUGUGCCCGUCUUGCAGCGUGCUGUCGGUCACCAUCUUCGACGCUUUUAUUGUGCUGUCCCAUGCCAACUCGGCCAUCAAUCCGUUCAUCUAUGCUUACGGGAAAGACUUCCGGGUGGCGUACAGGCGGACCAUCUGCAAACUCUUCCCGUGGUGCACCAGGGCGUGCCACAUCAGCGCGGGACCGGUCACUACCGUUGGUGCGGUCGCCGUGGGCGUGUCAAUGCAUUACGGUAACGGGGGAGAAAAUAGCUUAACAGACGACGGGUAUCGGACAUGAAUCGAACAACAAAUUGGAUCGAUUCUGACGGUGUGCGUCAGUUCUUCAGUUUAAUGAUGAAGCUUUUGAAGAAACCAGAGAUAAUCGAAACAUACAUCUCUGCCCUGGUAACGCGUGCAAAACGUCUCUAAAAAUGCCUCUCCUUAAGCCCUGGAAUAUGAACAGGACCUACCACGAGACGAAACAAGAACAUCUUUCAAGUCUUAAAAUAAAUUAUAAAUAUUGGACUCAGGAGAGUGCUCACUGUGUUUAGAGGGAUUUUGCACUUUUGUGCUCUCUGAACAAUAGUGAUCGAUAGCAGGUAAACAGUCUGGUAAAGCUUGAUCAAUUAUGUUCCAACAAUUCUUGCACUGAAAUUAAUUUACUGUCUCUGUUACCUGUACUCGGGCAGAAAGGCGAUAGAUGACCGAUGACACUUUACUUUGCAUCUCUGCAAAGAAUGGUGUCUGAAUUAGUGUCAUGCUGAUAAAACAGCGCAUCAAUUUAGGUAUCAUUACACGAAUGAACCCAUACAUGAAUGCCAAUGUCUCGUUUAGCUCUCUCGAGAAAGACUAAAGAACGGGUACAGUGUAUCUUGCCUGUGACUCUUUGAAACGAUCUGGUUUUUGACGGCAGUGUUUUAAUGGUGGUAAUGGAUGCAUGAACAUCAGAAAAACUGGUAUGAAAUGAAUACCGUGAGGUUUUUUGUCGUGGAUGCGAGGUUCAAUUAGGAUCUCUCAUGGCGUCAAGUUACAUCGCGCUAUGGAUCCUGAAACUUUACCCGUGUUGGCGCACUUCCUCGAAUGUGAAAAGUAACAUGCACAAAUUUUUAAUUUGCAUUAUUUGUCGUUCAUAUCCUUCUACAAAAAAAACACCUCCGAAAAAUUAUUUAAGAGCAUAUUAAUUUUACUGCCUGAACUGAAAGUGAAAAAUUGGCCUCUCACUUGGACGCUCCAUAUGGUGUUAGCUGUGGUGGUAAUGGCGGUGGUGGACUUUAUGGUGGUAUCAGCGGUGUUUGUGGGGUGAUGUUAAUGGUGCGGUAAUUUUGUGGUGAUGACAGAGGCGGUGGUGAAUUUUGAUGGGGGCAGCAGCAGUGAUGGAGUUAGGUUGGCAAUGGAACCGAUGGAUAUGGAGCGUGGUGAAUUAAUAUUUCCGGCUUUACUUAAAUUUACAAUUUGUGACCUUUGGCCUCCAUGUGAGAGCAGCGAAUUUAGCCCCUACCUGUGUUAUGUCUGCACGAGACAAAAGAGCGAGUUUUGGACUACAAAAGAGCGAGUUUUAGACUACAAAAGAGCGAGUUUUAGACUACAAAAGAGCGAGUUUUAGACUGCUGAAUUUCUUUAAACUGUUUUCUUUAAAGACCACCUGUGUAAAAUAUUUUUGGCUGUGCAGUUUAUUUCCAUUGAUUGACCUGGGGAGGUUUCCUGUAUACACCUCUGUGCACAAACCAAUAUGUAUAUUGUUGCUCUUAUGAAACACUAAAAUUGCGCCACUUUGAUAAAUGUUGCACCUGUAUCACUGUCAUUUAGAAAGUAUACAACGCUGGUCUGAGGCUGAUUUUAGAUGAAGCUGAAAUCGCUACUUGCAAUUGGUUUGAAAUCGCUACUUGCAAUUGGUUUUAAAUCUUGCUGGCAAUACUGAAAAUUAAAUGUUGUUAUCGCAGGAACCAAAGUACCUUACGGUGACAACCAGUAAUUAAUCCGCACAAAAUUCACAGCUGGUUUCCUGUGAUUGUUCACGCAAUCCUUCAUUGACAACCUGUCUGCACUAGGGACAUCAAUAAAGAAUGUUUUUAAUGGUAGCCACUGGCUGCAUGUAUGUUGAUUACCAAGCCCAGCUGUUACCCACAGCAAUAAAUCAAACUGAAUGUUUUCCUGCAUGUGCAGGAAAGACGGUGACUGCAGAGCCCGCACGAAAAUACUCCAUCAGACCAACCAUGAAUUUUCCAUUAUUUUACUUAAUCAAUCAAUUGGAGUAGGCCAGUUUCUUUUAAAACGGAGCAGAAAAGGAGAAUUGUUGUCUCUUUGUACAUGUCUCUCUAUUUGCGAGUGCGCUGAUGACUGCAAAUCCCGGGUUUUCAAUUAAUUAUUGAGGUACAGAUGUCGCAAAGCACUGUGGGUAGGUUACUGCCAGGAUUAGAGUAUGCACGUCCCGUAAUGACUUGCGUCAUUAACGCUGGAAGUUUGGCUCCCAAAUUGGCUGCACUGCAGCGACCCUAAUGAGAUUUCAAAUCAAUGAGAGGUCUCCAUUGCCCUUGCAUAUAUAGAGAUGGACCGCUGUGAAAAUUAUUUAUUGGAUAGGGUGAUUCCCUAGAUUAAUCCUCUGUUAUAAUUAGUACAGGGAGCCACCACGGUCAAAAAGCAUGUAUGACGUGAUAUCUAUCUUAGAUGCAGCGCGUGCAAUCAGCUUGUUUAAAAGCUAAGAAAAUUGAGUUGAAACAUUUUACGCAUUUCUAAUAUUGGGAUGCAUUCUGUCCGAAGUAUGGAAAGUGGCGGCAGCCUAACCACUUAUUACCUCCAAAUGUCGGACACUUCCUCUCUGCAACUUGACUAUUUUAUCGGGUUGACCACUGUUGCCCCAAAGAGGGCGCUCUCUUUGGCCGUUGCCAUACACAUCAAUUUGCAAGUCAAAAUGUGUUUUUAAAUACUUGUCACGUGCUGCUUUAAUCAGAGUGGUAGUGUCGUAAUUCAAGAUUGCAGGUUUUAAUGUCACUUACGCUUUACACUUCAAAAAGUAAUCACUAAAUAAAAUUAACGUGCGAGGGUAUUAAAUAACAGAUCUAUUGUCAA